UGUAAGAUGGCCACAUGCAAAACCCAAUGCCACAUGCAUCUUUCUUCCCUUGCUUCUUCUUCUCCUUCUCCUUCUUCUUCUUUAUAUAUCUACUUAAACCCAUCAUCCAUCUCCUCCUACAACUACACAAACCCAUCACCUUUCUCCUCCUCUUCUUCUCCUUCUCCUUCCAAAAAACCCAAGAAAGUGAGGUGUAAGUGAGAUUAAUUGGUUGUGAGAAGCAGCAAUGCAUGCUCCAAGAAAGUUCAAGAAGGCGUUCAUGGAGCGGCUGCUGCUGAGCCUGCAGGUGGCCGGGCUGACGUCCAAGUCCAUGGGCCUCCGGGAGCGCCGCGAUGCCGUCAGGCUGUCCUCCGACGUCGCCAUGGCGUCGGCGCGCGGCCGCGCGGCGCCCUGGGCGCGCGCCCUCGUGGCGCGCCACGCCGCCGAGCGCCGCAACGAGCCGCUCCUACGCCGCAUCAUGGGCGGCGACGUCUACGAGCGCGCGGUCUCCUCCGCCGGCGCCGCCGUGGCGAGGAGCAGGAGGAUCGUGAGGAGGUCGCAGAGGGUGGCGUGCAGCUCGAGGAGGAAGCGGCGGAGCCUGGCAAUGGCCGCGGCGAGCGGCGGCGGCGGCGCAUUGGCGGCGAGGAGGAUGGUGAAGGGCCGGCUCCGGCUGCUCCGGCGGCUCGUCCCCGGCGGCGAGGCGCUGCGCGGCUUCUCGCUGCUAAGCGAGACGCUCGACUACGUCGUGUGCCUCAAGACGCAGGUCGAGCUCAUGCACAGCCUCUGCAAAGGAUCCCAGCAGAAGCUGCAUCUGCAGCUGGGAUGAAAAAUCAAAUGCUGAUAUAUGAUCCUGGCACAGCAGCUGCCAGACUGCAUACCUGCAUGAGAUGUGUGAGAGGAGUUAAUGGAAACCUCUAAUUAACACACUUAUGCACAGAAAUCAAGAGGCCACUGGAUGAAUGGGAGAUAGGCAGAGAACAGAGCUCAAAAGGCUCAAGGAGCCAGCUUACUAUAGUUAGUUAGUACCACUAGUAGUACCACUGUAACUACUGUGCAAGUACAUGUCAGUGCAAAGAUGGAUCUUGGUUUUAGGUGUAUCUCCUCCUAGUGGCUAGGAUGAAGAAAGCCAUAAUCCAUUUGAUGAAAAAGAAGUUUUGAUGUCGAUUAACUACCUAGUGUUUGUUCUUAAUUGGGGAGGGAGAUCAGAUCAAGCCAUAUGCAUGUAUGUUUAGUCUCCAAAUCUCAAUGAAAUGGAAAUCUUCUGAUGGUUCAGUUUCA